AUGAAGGUGGAAAACGGAAGAUCGGCACUGUUCUGGCAUCAUAACUGGGCUCCUCAAGGCUGUAUUGAAGCGCUAAAGGCAUCCUCAAACUCGAGACUUGGUAUCCCUCACAGAGCAACGGUGGCUUCGCUGUGUCGGAAUGGUAACUGGUGCCUCCCACCUGCACGAUCAGAAGCAGCCAUUGAACUCUAUGUUUUCCUCACAACAAUUCAGCUGACAUCAAAUGAGGACUCAUAUGAAUGGAGCCUCCUGGGAAAUAAAGAAGGAAGAUACUCAACUGGUUCAGCCUACACUUACUUGAAAGGUGAAAUGGAUGAUCAAACUUGGACAAAGGCGAUCUGGUUUCCAAGAUCGAUUCCACGCCACUCAUUCCAUUCUUGGCUCGUGUACUUGAAUCGCUGCCCUACGCGUGACAGGAUGAUUGGUUGGGGACUAUGUGUUGAUCCGGUUUGUCUACUCUGCAACUCGCAACCGGAAUCACGAGAUCACUUGUUCUACGACUGUGACUUUAGUUUCGAUCUAUGGACCAGAGUCUCUACUCGAUGCCGCCUUCAACCUUUGCGCUCAUGGGGUCUUACUGUGGCACAUAUGGAGUCACUGAGUGGGAAUAAAGCAACUCGAUUGCUUACUCUCCUUGCGUGGCAGGCGACAACUUACUGGCUUUGGAAUGAACGGAAUGGAAGACUGCAUGCAACUGGAACCCGUUCGGUGGCUGUGAUCUUCAAGGCGAUUGAUCAUCAAAUCAGGAACAAGAUCCAGAGCUUCAGAGAGACAAAUCCUAAUCUAUCUUCUGUGAUGAUGCAACUCUGGUUUGCGACUGCCUAG